AUGAGUGCAAUAUAUUUCCAGUUGAGAAACUAUCUUCUGGGACAGUCCAGCACUCUCCUGAUUGGGGGAGUCCGACAUGACCGUGUGCAGCUCACGCUGAAACCGGCAGCCUAUGGCAGGGCUGAGAUAUGCGGCUACCGGGCAGAGUACAGACUUGUCGGGCAGGAGAACUGGGUGGCUGUGAAUGUCAGUAACACACAAGAGACACUCACAGUCACAGGGCUCCGUCCAAACACCCAGUACCAGUUCCGAUACGCGGCCGUGAGCAAACCAGGGCUCAGCGAGAGCAGCGACGUGAGCGACACAGUGAAGACGCUUCCAACCAGCCCCCCAGGGAAACCUGUAGCAGUGACUGUAGAAUUAUCGGCCAUCGCCCUGAGCUGGGAGAGUCCACGUGUCAUUGGAGAUGGAGUCAGUAUAAGCGAGUACAAGGUGCAAUACAGAGAGGCGGCUGGAGAAGACAAAUGGCUGGAGCGAAGGACGGGACAGAGAACCAAGUCCUGCACCAUUGAUGGCCUGAGGCCUCAGACGCCCUACAGAUUCCGGGUGUCGGCCGUGUGUGCGGACGGGGCUGUGAGUGACCCAGGGGAGGAGGUCUCAAUUACAACAGCAGGCGAGGAAUUAAAGACACUAGCACAAGAUUUCUACAAGAAGAGCACUCAGAUAGAAGAAGGGCAACCCUCAGUGUAUGCACUGCCCAUAGUGUUUGAUUCUAAUGCAGCACACCCAAAGUACAGGCUGGGGAGGGAGACCCUGCAGAUCCCUAACAAAGUGAUUAUGGUGAUGGGAGCUACCGGGUCGGGGAAAACGACUCUCAUCAACGGGAUGAUCAACUACGUCCUGGGUGUGCAAUGGAAGGAUGAAUUCAGGUUCAAGCUCAUCCAUGAGACCACAAACAGAAGCCAGGCUGAGAGCCAGACAUCCGAGGUGACGGCCUAUGAAGUUAAUCACACAAAGGGCUUCCAAGUCCCCUACUCUCUGACUAUAAUAGACACGCCGGGAUUUGGUGACACCAGAGGGAUAGAUCAUGACAAAGAGAUAAUAAGGAAAGUCCGAGAGUUCUUCUCCACCCCAGGGGCCAUUGAUCACAUCGACGCCGUCUGCGUUGUGGUUCAGGCCUCCCUAGCUCGUCUGACCCACGCCCAGAAGUACGUGUUUGACUCAGUGCUCUCCAUUUUCGGGAAGGACAUAAAAGACAACAUCCUAAUCCUGGUCACCUUCGCCGAUGGGCAGCCCCCCCCUGUGCUAGAGGCCAUUAAAACAGCUGAUGUCCCUUGUGCUAAGGAUGCUCAGGGCAACCCUGUGUAUUUCAAAUUCAAUAAUUCCGUCCUCUUUGCCUGUGUUAGAGACCAUUAA